AUGGGUCCGAGGCACAGGGCCGGAGACCUGUCCCCGGCUGUGGCCCUGGCAGAGGACUUCCUCCUCAAGAGGCAGCAAGGGGCUGAUUCAGCCCAGUGGCAGGGACCGUCACAGGAAGUGUGUGCCAGUUCCCUGGAGAUGGAAGGGAAAUCACCAGAUGCUGCUCAGGGGCACAUCGAUGAGGAAGCCAAGCCGGUGAAGGAUGCCGAGAUCCCUUUGCCAGGUGGUGGAAUCAAAUACCCAGAUCUUUCCAUUACCGUGUUCCCUGCUGAAGGACAAGCUGAGGCAGAAGAUGAGCUCAUUAAAGCACUACUGGACCGCAUGGAUUCAAGCCUCUAUUUGCAAGAGAUUGAGCAGACAGUGUCCCAGGCAGACCAACAGACCAUCUUCUGCCAAGCCCUGCCGGAGAAGGGCAGAAACACCCAGCUGAUAGGUGACGAAAUAGGGUGUUGGAAGGAGAUGAAGACACCUCAGCAGGUAGAGCCAUCGCCAGCAGAAACAUCUCAGAGGAGUUUGCUUAUGACAUCCAACAUUCAUAAGAAGAGAUACCAGCUCAGAAGUCAGGAGUCGAAGAAGUUAGUGGAGACAGACAGGAAUCACACCAAGAGCCUUAUAGGUGCCAAUAACAAGACCUCCACAGACACGAGGAAGCCUUUGUUCUCUAAGCAUGGAAGAAAAUACCAUAAUGUGUCCAAUGAGUUUGCUGAUCCAAACUCAAGAAAGAAAGAUGCUGAAUGUCCUGAUGAUGAAGAAGGAAGCAAGAGCCACAGACAGUCUUUACAGAGAUCCCAAAACGUUCCUACAGGAAGGAAACUGCAGAAAUGUGCUACUAGUAAGGAUAACUUCAAAUCUAGAGGGCACCUGGCACACCACCAGCAAAGUCACACUGGACAAAAGCCGCACUAUAAAUGCUCUCAGUUUGGCAAGCGCUUCACUCGGAGAGUCAGCUUGAAGGAGCAUGAAAGAAUUCAUACUGGCGAGAAGCUUUAUGAAUGUUCUCAGUGUGGCAAGUGCUUCAAUCAGAGAGCUAACUUGAAGAAGCAUGAAAGAAUUCAUACUGGCGAGAAACCUUAUGAAUGUUCUCAGUGUGGCAAGUGCUUCAAUCAGAGAGCUAACUUGAAGAAGCAUGAAAGAAUUCAUACUGGCGAGAAGCGUUAUGAAUGUUCUCAGUGUGGCAAGUGCUUCAAUCGGAGAGUUCACUUGAAGAAGCAUGAAGGAAUUCAUACUGGCGAGAAGCUGUAUGAAUGUUCUCAGUGUGGCAAGUGCUUCACUCAGAGAUUCAGCUUGAAGAGGCAUCAAAGAAUUCAUACUGAAGAGAAACCCUUAUGAAUGUUCUCAAUGUGGGAAAUAGUUUUAACAGAGCUCAAAGUUGAUUGUUCACUAGACAAUCCAUACUGGAAAGAAACCCUAUUGUUUCCCAAAUGUUGAACUGGCUUCCCUUGGCAAUAUCUGUUGAGUAGAGACACCAGACACAAGCAUUUCCAAUUGUUUUCAUUUUCAAAACAAAAAAGAGAAGAGAAGAAGAACAAAUGUUAUAUGCAGUCAAUAAAAGUUUGAUAAA